AUGCGCUGGAUUCGAGCCGACCUCGGGAGUCUGCUGUUCACCAGCUCCAUAGUGAACGUGGCCUAUGCGACCGUGACAUGUGAGGUGGAAAACACGGUGGGCACCUUUCACAAUCCCUCUUUCGAGACGGGAGACUUGACCGACUGGACGGCGUUGCUAGCGACUGGAGCAGCGUCCGCGGGAUCGGUGGUGUCUGGAGAUGCUGCCUCGGGGGAGUAUUACUACUCCAUUGGCGCGACCACCACCUACACCUAUCUCAAACAAACCCUGACCGACCUCGACACCACCCAGCCCCUUGCUAUCUCCGUCGACUACCGCCUGGUAUACACGACUUCUUCAGCCCUCACAUCCCCCUGCUACCUGUACUUUGCGAAAAACUCCUGGGCCUAUACGAUGGCUAUUGGCAGUGGAAGAACGAGUCUUUAUCCCUCGGCGUAUGGCUCCAGUCCAGCCUGGUCGACCUAUUCCCAGACUUUCACGCCUUCGAGUUCUAGCCUGGACAUCUACCUCGUCUGGGCUUGCCUGGGGACAUAUGCCAGAUAUGACUUCGACAAUUUCCAGCCGGGGGAGACGACAGUAUGUGCCACUUCGACCCCUACUCCAACUGCAGUCAGCAGUUCCACUGCUGUUGCAUCUUCCUCAGUGGUCUUGGCAACAUCCAUUCCAGUGGCUAGCCCUAGCUCUGCAGUGAUCAGCAGUUCUUCACAGACAGUUGCCGGCAGCAGUGCAGCUGUGACCUCGUCAGCCGCAGUUCUUCCUGGCAGUUCUCUCGUCUCCAGUAUCUCGGUGGUGUCGAGCAGCCCUCGCGCCAACACUCCCAGCCCUUCUAUCGCGGCUUCCACCGCUAUCGUCGCAUCGCCAUCUCAUAGUUCAGUCUCAUCCAGUGUCCCCAUCGCCUCCCAAUCUGCUUCGAUUGUCCCCAGUCUCCUCUCGCGGCCCGCGUCUUCAAUCCCUCUUAUCCGCCCGUCGUCAACGUUCCUGAUCGUUGCUAGUGCGAGCUCUGUCGGGGUGCCUUCGUUUGGCUCACCACCAGCAUCAAGCCAUGCAGCCAACCCUUCAUCCUCGCCAUCGAGCUCUUCUACGUACCCCCUGACGGCAUCCUCCAACACCCACACCGCCACCGUGACAUCACCUAUCAGCAUGCCCACCGCAGGGUUGACUACGUCUACUGUUCUGACGACUCGCACCUCGACUGUGACGGCGUGUCCCUCAACCGUGACCGACUGCCCGGCGUCGUCUCGCACCACCUAUCUCACCACUGAAACGAUCGUGGAUUAUACCACGAUCUGUCCGGUGACCGCGACAGAGACCGCGGGGGCCACUGAGACCACCUCCAGUAUCUUCAGCACUCGGACCGCCACGAUCACCGGAUGCCCUGCGAGCCAACCGAACUGUGCGGCUGCGGCUCAAACCACUUUUGUGACGACCGAAACCGUCCUUGUUUCCACCACCGUGUGCCCUGUCACCGCCGCCUUGGCUACUGCGACGUGGGCUCCAAUUCUCACCGAGACCACUUCCAGCAUCUUCAGCACGCGCACGGCGACUCUAACCAGAUGUCCUUCUGACAUGUCCCACUGCGCUGCGACCGACCAAACAACAUAUACCACCACUGAGACCAUCCUGGUCUCCACUACGAUUUGCCCGAUCACAGCUGCCGAAGCCACCGCGACCGCCGCAGCCACUGAAACCACUUCCAGUAUCUUCACCACGCGGACCGCCACCGUGACUGUCUGCCCAGCAGCCGUCACUCAGUGUGCAAAGUCCGACCAACACACCACAGUCACGACCGAGACAGUUCUGCUUUCGACUACUGUCUUCCCGAUCGCUCCCUCGGCCGCUCCGACUGCACCGCCCACUCGACCACUGACUUCAGCCGCAACGGAGAAUGACGACGUUUCCACCAUCUACAGCACUACAACCGUCUGGGUGCCCUGUGCAACCGACGCGUGA